UUAAUAAAACAAAAACCUCGUUCCUAAAAUCCAGCUGUUGGACUAGCCCCUCCCAUUUAGAAAAGAAAAAAAACACUAUGCGCUGAAGCUCCCAGUUUUUGACAGGCACUAGACCAAUGAAAAUUCAAGAGUGAAAAGUUACCCUCACUGAGCACCCAAUAACAACAGAUAGAAGGCAGGGCUAUCGAAUCAAAUUUGGUUGAAUGGGAGUACAAAGAGCAGCUGAAUAGGGAUGCGGAAUCGAUACAGUGUAUAUGCAUCCGUGAUAUCCAGGGUACAGGGCGCUGUGCUACAAACACAGGUUGCACAGUCAAGUUUCAUUUCUAUACCGGAGAGACCUGCCAUAUGCUGAAUGAAGAACAACAGCUCCGAUGCAACAGAACGGAACGGGGAGAUCUUUGCUGCAUGAUUUACUGUGGAUAAAUACAAAUCUCAACUGCCUGAAAUGUUAUAAAGGAUAUACAGUAUGCUGUACACGAACACGCUUAUUGAUCUCCCGGGGGUUUAUUUACUGAACAGACGCGUCAUCAUUUUAUUUUCAAUCGCAAAAGCAUUCUUGAUUUGGAAGACGUUCUGUGUUAAAGCAAGUCCUUGCGGAAGGAACACAAAAUAGCUAAAUGAAUCUCGUGGAGAUAUGAUAGAGUUAAGCGUUAUACAAAAUGUAGGAAGCCUUCUCCUGUGAAAGGUGCCAGCUCAGGUGUGCAGCCGCAGUGAGUGGGUAAGCAAGGGGGCGAUGACGAGAAGGGCAAGACCACCACGAGCCAAGGUGACGCUGUGCUUCGUGUUCAUGGACACUUCGUUUUAUUUUAAAGCAAACAAACCUUCAUUGAAAUGAAUGGGGAGCCACAUCGGAAGAGCUGUCGCUGCAGUUUGACCUGGCUUCAGUUUAGGUGACGAUUGGUGAUUUUGUUUCACCGGCCACUCAACUGAAAACAGGAUUGAUAUUUUUAUAUUUGCAAUUAGUUGCAGGACACCUUGCGCCUAAAAGGAUCCACGAGUCAGUUAUUGGAAUAAUAUCAUUGAGCAGAUUCACCGCUCACUCCACAAGUACCAGAUAUUGGAUUAAAAGGGAAUUAAUUCUGACAAUUUGAAUUAGAUUUUAUUUUAAAGCUGCACUAUUUGCAUUUUGAGCUUUUUAAAAAUAUAUAUAUUUAUACCACGAUAAGAUACAAUAGAGUUAACUAGCAGAACCUUACAGUGUGACUCAUUUUAAUUUAAGGCUUUAAAAAUUUUGAAAAAAUGCUUAAUGAUCAGAUAUUUCCCCUUGAGCUUAAAAUUCUUUUUUAAAAAUACAUAUUUAUCCCCAGAAACUUUUAACAGUAAAAAUAUGUUUUAAAUGUUCUAUUUUAAUUGCUCUGGUAUGUGCUCCUGAGUAUUGAACUGUAAAAACUUCCAUGGUUAAAUAGUUUAACCUAAAAUAUUUGUCUGGAAGAUUACUGAACUCCUUAAAAUUGUUAUAGAAAGUUGAGCAUUAUUAUUUAUUAUUUUGUAGUAUUUUCAACAUAAAGACUAAAUGGAUAGCGACUGUGGAGCCCAGCUGUAUCACUAACAUCGUGCUGAAGAAAUGGAUUCCCACUGCUUUGUUUUGGCUCAAUAAUUAAAUAAACAAUUGAAUAUCAGUCUCUCGCCAUUUCAAGCUGUGUGUAUCUCGGAUAUGUCCCGAUCCAAUAGCGUGAGCCCUCCAGGGUUAACUGCCCCUGGACCUCGGGGUGGGACUGAACAUCGCUCUGCUUGGAGCGACUCCCACUCCAGAGCCAAUGGGUGUCCUUACUCCACUAAAUCAGCUGCCAAGAAAACCACCAGGUCCAGCAGCAGGUGGAGGGGAGAAGAGGAUUUGGAGCGGCAGCUGGGAAGGACCACAAGCACUGUGAGCCGAGUCAGCUUCAGAUCCAAGUGUGCGUGGCAAGACAAUGCACAGGAGGGCCGCAACAACAACACAGCAGCCCCAAAGCAGGAUGGGGAGCUGAGAGCCAAGUCUGUGGAGCUCGGGCUGGAGGAGAGGAGAGGGAAGAGCAGAGCUGAGGAGCAUGCUCAGGAAAUGCACUUCUCCAUGGCUCAGUGUUGCAGCAGCGUGUUGCAGAUCUUCAGAUCCAAGAAGUUUCCUUCGGUAAAGCUGGAGAGGUUGUACCAGCGUUACUUUUUCAGGCUCAACCAGAGCAGCCUGACCAUGCUCAUGAGCGUCUUGGUGGUGCUGUGCACGGUGAUGCUGGGCUUCCACUGUGCAGGGGGGGGUUACAAGCUGCCCUAUGUGGUUGUCUUUACUGUUGCCAUUGCGCUCAUCGUUGUGCUCAUGAUCAUAUGUAACAGGAAUGGGUUCCACCAGGACCACAUGUGGAUCAUCUGUUACCUGGUCAUCUUGGUUGUCAUUGUGGUGCAGAUCAUUGCGGUUUUGCUGGUGGAGCCCAGAAGUGCCUCAGAGGGGAUAUGGUGGACUGUCUUCUUCAUUUACAUCAUCUACACGCUGCUGCCGAUCAGAAUGCGGGCUGCGGUCAUGAGUGGAGUUAUUCUGUCAGCUGUGCACCUGACCAUCUCUUGGAAGUUAAACGAAGUGGACAGCUUUCUAUGGAAACAGCUGGUCUCAAACGUGCUGAUCUUCUCCUGCACGAACAUCGUGGGAGUGUGCACCCACUACCCAGCAGAGGGGUCCCAGCGGCAAGCCUUCCAGGAGACCAGGGAGUGCAUCCAAGCAAGACUGCACUCGCAGAGAGAGAACCAGCAACAGGAGCGCCUCCUGCUCUCUGUUCUGCCCCGCCAUGUUGCCAUGGAGAUGAAAGCUGAUAUCAAUGCCAAACAGGAGGAUAUGAUGUUUCAUAAGAUUUACAUCCAGAAGCAUGACAACGUGAGCAUCCUCUUUGCUGACAUCGAAGGCUUCACCAGCCUGGCUUCACAAUGCACAGCGCAGGAGCUGGUCAUGACUCUCAACGAGCUGUUUGCAAGGUUCGACAAGCUGGCAGCGGAGAACCACUGUUUACGUAUCAAAAUCCUGGGUGACUGUUAUUACUGUGUGUCUGGACUGCCAGAGGCCCGGGCUGACCAUGCACACUGCUGUGUGGAGAUGGGAGUGGACAUGAUCGAAGCUAUCUCGCUGGUGCGGGAGGUGACGGGCGUGAAUGUGAACAUGCGGGUUGGCAUUCACAGCGGCCGCGUGCACUGCGGGGUGCUGGGCCUGCGCAAGUGGCAGUUUGACGUCUGGUCCAAUGAUGUCACCCUGGCCAACCAGAUGGAAGCUGGAGGCAAAGCUGGCCGCAUCCACAUAACAAAAGCCACCCUCAACUACCUGACUGGGGAUUAUGAAGUGGAGCCUGGUUUCGGAGGCGAGCGGAAUGCUUACCUAAAGGAAAACAACAUAGAAACCUACCUCAUUGUGGGCUGCACUGAGAAGCGGAAAGAAGAUAAAGCGACAAUAGCCAAGAUGAACAGGCAGCGCACCAACUCCAUUGGACACAACGCUUCCCACUGGUGCUCGGACCGGCCCUUCUACAACCAUCUGGGCACCAACCAGGUCUCCAAGGAGAUGAAAAGGAUGGGAUUUGAAGAUCCCAAGGACAAGCAUUUCAUUUUCAGAAACACGCAGGAAAGCAUGAACCCCGAGGACGAGGUGGACGAGUUCCUCGGCCGCGCCAUCGACGCCAGAAGCAUUGAUCGCUUGCGCUCUGAGCACGUCAAGAAGUUUCUCCUGACGUUCAGGGAGCCGGACCUGGAGAAAAAGUAUUCCAAGCAGGUGGAUGACAGAUUUGGAGCGUAUGUGGCCUGUGCUUCUCUCGUCUUCCUUUUCAUCUGCUUCAUACAGAUUAUUAUUGUACCACACUCAUCGCUGAUGAUUGGUUUCUACGUGAUCUGUUUCCUUAUCCUUACAGUAGUGAUGUUUGUGUCUGCGAUCUACUCCUGUUUCAGGCUCUUCCCAGCUCCUCUGCAGGCCCUCUCCAGGAAGAUCGUUCAGUCCAGGACCAACAGCACGCUGGUCGGGGUCUUCACCAUCCUUCUCGUCUUUCUCUCUGCAUUCAUCAGCAUGUUCACAUGCAGCACCAAGGAUAUCCGUACCUGCGUGGCCAAGGAGUUUAACAUCACCUGCAGCAGUGUGAACGCCUGCCAUGUGAGCUCUUCACACUUCAACUACACACUGGACACCAUGGAGGGGUACUGCGGGAGCACCGAGCCCAACUGCAACUUCCCUGAGUAUUUCUCGUCCAGUGUUUUGCUCAGCCUCCUCGCCUGCUCCGUGUUCCUGCAGAUCAGCAGCAUUGGCAAGCUCUUCCUCAUGCUGUUCAUGGAGCUCCUCUACGUCCUCAUUGUAGAGCUGCCGGAAGUGACCCUGUUUGACAACGCAGACAUGCUGGUCACAGCCAAUGCAAUUGGCCAGUCCAAUGGAACAUGUUUGAUGAACGUCUCCAGGGUAGCUCUGAAGAUUAUGACCCCCAUCGUAAUCACAGUGUUUGUGCUUGCGCUGUAUCUGCACGCCCAGCAGGUGGAGUCCACGGCACGGCUCGACUUUCUCUGGAAACUUCAGGCUACGGAGGAGAAGGAGGAGAUGGAGGAGCUGCAGGCCUACAACAGGAGGCUGCUGCACAACAUCCUGCCCAAGGACGUGGCCGCCCACUUCCUGGCCCGUGAGCGGCACAACGACGAGCUGUACUACCAGUCCUGCGAGUGCGUGGCCGUCAUGUUCGCCUCCAUCAGCAACUUCUCUGAGUUCUACGUGGAGCUGGAGGCCAACAACGAGGGCGUGGAGUGCCUGCGGCUGCUGAACGAGAUCAUCGCUGACUUCGACGAGAUAAUCAGUGAGGACCAGUUCCGGCAGCUGGAGAAGAUUAAGACCAUCGGCAGCACGUACAUGGCUGCCUCGGGCCUGAACGACUCCACCUACGACAAGCCGGGGAAGACACACAUCAAAGCGCUGGCUGACUACGCCAUGAGGUUAAUGGACCAGAUGAAGUACAUUAAUGAGCACUCCUUCAACAACUUCCAGAUGAAGAUAGGUCUCAAUAUCGGCCCGGUCGUGGCUGGGGUCAUUGGUGCAAGAAAGCCUCAGUAUGACAUCUGGGGGAACACAGUGAAUGUAGCCAGUCGCAUGGACAGCACAGGAGUGCCUGAAAGGAUACAGGUGACCACAGACAUGUACCUGGUUCUGAGUGGUUACAACUAUACACUAGAGUGUCGAGGUGUGGUAAAGGUCAAAGGGAAAGGUGAAAUGAUGACCUACUUCCUGAACGCAGGACCGCUCAGCAGUUAACAGAACACCUUUUAUUAUUUUUUAUUAUUUUUUAAUAUUUUAUUUUUAUAUUGUUGAAACCGCUGGGUUGUGGGUCCCAGUAGAAGACCUGUCUAAGCAGUGAAGCGCAAGACAGUACAGAUCUCGACCGACCUGCUGAGCAAAACGUGAUGGGCUCUCCCGACGCUGGGAGACACUGGGAUCCAGGCAUGGCGGUAAAGGAAAGGGCCGUCUCCUUUUGGGUGUUGUCAGUGGAGAGGCAGGCCAAGCGAAAGUGACCAAAGAUUUCUUGACAGACUUGUUUUUCAGUGGACCAUGCUGUUGCUGCUGCUGCUAGGAAGAGGGGCACAAUAAGGCAAUCAAAGAACCUGCUUUCACAGCACCUUUCAUGAUAUGAAGGAAGCGAAUCAGUAUUUAAAGGUUUUCAAAGCAAAUCAUAAAGCCCUGGACAUGCUGCGAUCUGCAGACUCCAAACCUGCACACCGCAGUCAUGCUGGGAGAUUCAAACUGGUCACUACAACAGAAUGGUUGGUUGGUUGGUUUGUUUGUUUGUUUGUCGUCUGAUGAGGCUGCGUUCCCCAGAGUAACUGUCGCUAAUGCAAACCUAUGACAGGGAACUUCAUAUGUGGGGACUCUUAACACAAUGGAACACAGUAAUGCAAAUCUAUUCUCUUUUGAGUAUUUGAGUUUACAUUUUUCUUGAUGUGUAAACUGCAGACACUUUAAAUUAAAACGAAAAAAAAAAAGCUCCAAAACAGCUGCUUUUUGUAUUUUUGUCAUUUUGUAUUAUGACUCAAGACAAAUCUAGCAGAUACCUGAGAUUCUAUAUUUUGUAAAGUAUUGUAUUAGAUGAGUACACCAUGUGUAUUACGGAGCAUAUAGACGCAAUCUUGCACAUUUGGUUUUCCUCUUCAUCAGUUUUUAGGUCCCCAAUAUGAAGUUUUUGGGGGUUUUGUUUUGUUUUUUGAAAUGUGUUUGAACAGUUUCUCUUCCAAUCCACCUUCUUGCUAUUCGUACAUAUUUCCCCCACACUCCCAGAAGCUGCUGUAUUCAAGUCCAGUGGUGCUGAUGGUAGUCUUCACAAGAUGCUUGGUAGAUCAGUCUGAAAUAAGAAGGACGUGUCUCUGGCUCCUUCAUAAAGGACAUUCAUGAAGAACGAAAUGGUUCCAGUAACUGUAUUAUUAUUAUUAUUAUUAUUAUUAUUAUUAUUAUUAUUAUUAUUAACUGGUGGACAAAGCCAGUGAUGUACCUCAGUAACAUUGAGUUCAAUUGUCUUUAUCUUUUUGUUUUUUUGUACUGAAAAUGCUUUACUCGGGGCAAUCUUCAUAAAACUUAGUGUGUGUUUUAGUUGAAUUUCUGCAGCUCUAUUCUUUCAGAAACUGCACAAAGUGAGAUUGUGUGUGAUAUAAAACUGAGCAUGACAGUAGGAGACUUUUCUCAAAGGCACAUUUGUUUAAGAAUUUCAUAACUAUUCCAAUCCUAGUUUAGAACACUAUGCAGUGUUUUUUUGUUUGUUUGUUUUUUUACAUGCAAAUAAACUGCUACAAUGUGAAAAA